AUGCCUCUUUAUGCUAAGUUCAUGAAGGAGUUAUUGUCUAAUAAGAGGAACUGGAAAGAGAGUGAGAUAAUGGUGCUAAUAAAGGAAUGCAGUGCCAUUUUUCAGCAGGAUCUUCCUGAGAAUAUGCAAGAUCCGGGGAGCUUUUUAAUUCCUUGCACCAUUGGAGACAUCACUAUUCAGAGGGCAUUAUGUAACCUUAGAGCUAGCAUCAACCUCAUGCCACUUUCUUUUAUGAGAAAGCUACAAAUUGAUGAGGUAAAACCCACUCGUUUUUCUCUUCAACUUGCUGACUGUUCAAUUAAAUUUCACUUAGGAGUUAUUGAGAAUUUACUUGUGAAAGUAGGAAAAUUUAUUUUUCUUGCUGAUUUUGUAAUACUGGUUAUGGAAGAGGAUAAAAAUGCCUCUAUUAUUUUGGGAAGACCCUUUUUAGCUACAGGAAGAGUCCUUAUUGAUGUGCAAAAGGGUGAAUUGACUUUGAAGGUCAAUAAAGAAAAGGUUGUCCUUAGUGUGCUUGAGGCUCUGCAACAUCCUAGUGAUUCUGAGGGAUGGGACGGUUUGCUUGAGAUUGAUGAUUUACCACCUCAAGAAAGGGAGCUACACGCCAUUAGUAAAGAGGAAGGGCCAUCGAAACUUGAGUUGAAGCCCUUGCCUCCCUCUUUGAAGUAUGCAUUUCUAGGCGAGCAUGAUUCUUAUCCAGUUAUCAUUAGCUCCUCCCUGCCACUGUAUACCUUCCGUCCAUCAGCUGCAGCUGUGAUGAGCGGAUAA